AGGGCAAAGCUCUGGAUUCCUUCCCUCUCUCAGCUCUAAAGCAGGCUGAGAAGAAGAGCAGGCUUGUCCACAAAGGCUUUAGUGCAGAGAGUGAGCCGGUGGGGAAAACCCGUGCCAUCGAACAUUUAAUUCAGCCGAAACCUACGAGAGUAAACAUGAUGUCGUUGGGGAGAGCCUCUCCGCUGGUAUCACUGAUGGUCGUGCUCUUGGCUGGGCCGGUGAGCAUGGUGGAACACGCCGAGUUCCUGAAUGCUGGCAAGCAGCCGGGCCUUCAGAUCUGGAGGAUUGAGAAGUUUGACUUGGUCCCGGUGCCAAGAAACCUCUAUGGUGAUUUUUUCGUGGGGGAUGCUUAUGUGAUCCUCAACACAAUCCGGCAACGCAACGGGAAUCUGCAGUACGACCUUCACUUUUGGCUGGGGAACGAGUGCAGCCAAGACGAGAGCGGAUCGGCCGCCAUUUUCACAGUACAACUGGAUGACUACCUUGGGGGAAGGGCCAUCCAACACCGGGAAGUGCAAGGACACGAAUCGUCCACUUUCCUAGGAUACUUCAAAUCAGGACUGAAGUACAAA